GCAAGCGAACGAUGGCGGGCUCGCUGGAAGACGGGGUGCUCGUAGCUGCGUAGAAGAGACAUUCUUGCGUGGAUUUGCAUCCACAGUGCGAUUCCUUUUCCGUUUGGAGAAGCGGAUGAAGCUUGUGGCUUCAAUUAGCCAACCAAGGACCUCACAAUUGUAGGUCCUGGACCUGCAUUUGGCCUUUGAGUGUGGAUCUUUGCCUUGCGCGCAAGCUUUCGUAAGCAGCAUAGCCUCUGUGAAGGGUCAUGCUUCAAGCGUUGUCAAAGCGGCACAGCAUGCCAAUCUGCGAGGGUUUGGUGCGUUGCUGCGUCAUGGAGGCAGCCUUUGCCAAGGAAUUGCGGAUGGGUUUUCAGUCUCGCUGCCCGCGGCCCUUGCUGCAUGUGAAUCGCUGCGCGUCAUUCGUUUCAUCCGCGCCUUCCUCCGCCUCUGUGGCGCGAAAGGUUGAGGCGGUGGGUUUGGAGGGUGGCCUAGACUUUAAAGGGACUGUGCCGGAAGGGAUUGGGAAGACCAGAUUAGAUGCGUGGUUGGCAGGACAAUUGCCCCUGGUUAGCAGAGCACGCGUCCAAAGCAACAUUCGGCAAGGCUCAAUCCUCGUCAAUGGCAAAGCGAUUAUCAAGGGAUCGUAUGUAUUGCGGCCAGGGGAUGUGGUGGAGUGCGAGCUUACCGGGUGGGCACCUGUAGAUGCAAACCCUGAAGACAUUCCACUGGAUAUUGUAUACGAAGAUAAGCAUGUGAUAGUCAUCAACAAGCCAGCCCACAUGGUUGUGCAUCCGGCUCCUGGCCAUUCAGAGGGGACGUUGGUGAAUGCCCUUCUACACCAUUGUGAACUGCCUGCGAUGAGAUACUCCAGUGGUUCGACACCAAAGAACGCGCUUGAGUCUCCGUCUGUAGAUGAUUCUGAAGAAAUCGAUGAGGAAGCCUUAGUUGGUACUGUAACCACUCUGUCUGGUCCUCCUCCUGUUAUCAGGCCUGGAAUUGUACAUCGUCUUGAUAAGGGCACGAGCGGACUUCUUGUUGUGGCCAAGGAUGAGUAUACGCAUGCUCAUUUGUGCGACCAAUUCAAGGCCCGUAGUGUGCGUCGCUCUUAUGUAAGCCUGACCUGUGGGGUGCCGUCCUUGAAAUCUGGUAGAGUAGAGAUUCCUAUUGGUCGGGAUCCUCGUGAUCGGAAAAAGAUGGCAGCGAUUUCUGCUUCUGGAAGUAGCGCAGGUAGAUCCAAGUCUCGGACAGCAGCAAGCAGGUUCCGUGUGCUUGAAGUUCUAGCGAAUGGUGGAUCUGCUUUGGUGGAAUGGCGGCUUGAAACAGGUCGAACUCAUCAGAUACGAGUGCAUGCCCAAUAUCUUGGCUAUCCAUUGAUGGGAGAUGAUACAUAUGGGGGUACUCAGGGUGCUGCAUUAAGCCAACUUUUACCAAAAACACUGGCAGCUAAUCAUGGAUCUCUGCGGAAACUUAUUUCUGGCUUACAGCGGCCAUGUCUUCAUGCUAUCACCCUAGGAUUUCAGCAUCCGAGGACGUUAGAGGAACUCGAUUUCAAAUGUGCGCCACCUCAAGACUUUGAAUCUGCAUGGCGGACUCUGCGCCAAACGUCUUAACUGAUUGUAGAGUCCCAGUUUAUCAGCACAGAACGAAAAAUUUGGGAGUGCCCGAGUUGUAAACUACUUUCGCUGCCUUCACUAUUUCUGAGGGUUGAGGUAUUCUCUGGCCCAUUAUUUUACGUUCAGAAGUAUGGUAAGCUUGCGAUGUUCUACCAAGUUUAUUUUUGGAAUUGAUGCCAAGUUUGACCCGAAGCUUUGGAGCACGUUGGAGCAGUGAGUUUUGAAUACCAUUUGAAGGCGAUGCUCUUGGUUUCUAUCGCUGAUGGAACUGCAAACCAAAGGAUUAUGCAGUUAGAUUACAUAGUCAAUGCAAUACAAUGCGGAAAAAGAAAACAGUUGUUAUUCUUGUGAAAUUUUUAACUUUUUCAUGGCUGGAAGAUUCCUGCAUAUCACAACUGCAGGGAGCACCAGAGUUUAUCAAUGUUCAGCAGAAUCACUUGCA